AUGGCGGUGCCUACCACAGCCAAGGGAAAUAGGAGAGAGGAGCGCGACUCGGAAUUCUUCAAGCUCGCGUGGCCCUCAGGGGAGAAAGUGACACAGUUAGCUGCCAACCUCUACAAGUACAUCGACCGCACCAGCUCAUACCCUGACGAAAAUGCUAUCUCUGAAGAGCUGGAGCUCUUCGAGUGCGCGGUGGCCGAAGAAGGCAAGCCGGCGUCGCUCCCCGGGGACUUCGUGCCUCGAGGCUCGAAAAUGAGGGCGAUUUUGCGCGACGAGAUUUACCGGGCGGUUCAAGAUGCGUCCGAAUCGUCUGGCCGCUCCACGUCCGUCUCCGCGAAGAAGCGUGUGUCGAUCCAGUUCGUCACGGAGGAAGAUCAAUCCAGGCUCCGUCUUGACCUAGGUCGACGCGUGCAGUGGGGCGGUGUCGAAAUCAAGGAGUUCGAGAAGCCGGACAAAGAGUGGGACCAGAAAACUGAGGAACGCGUUCAGUCGCUCAAGUCGCAAUACAACGGUGCGGAGCUCGAGGUCGUCUACAGACUGCUCGUCGACGAAUACAUGACCGCAAAGCCUGUGCUGCUGGUCACACCGACGGGGAAAAAGUUGCGGUCGUCGGUGUGCGUCAACAAAGACAAACUGUUUGUCACCAAGGAGAUCGACGGCGUGAACCUAGUCGACGUGGCCGUUCGCCUAAGCGAGAUCGCGCAUAUCCAGUUUGGGCGCCCGCCGUCGCUUCGGCUCCUCCAGGAGAAGGGAAAGGAAGAAACGCAUGAAGUCUCCGACAGUCAGUAUCUCUACAUUGUCUUCAAAGCCAACGCGCGCCGCAGCAGCGCCACAGGGCUCUGCACUGGUCCAGGUCAGCUACCUCCUGCGGCCACGCCCGGGACGGAGGCAGGGACGCCUCAGCCGCUGACGGUCUCGAUUCUCUUUUCCACGGAAGCCGAGCGGAACAGUUUUGCGUUGCUGCUGAGGACGAGCAUGCGUCUGGUGCACGGCAGUACCAUCGGCGACUGGGAGGACACCAUCGACGACUCCGACGAGGAGACUGCCACGAUGAUCGCCUUCGAGACGAUCGACGAACUGUUUGACUCAAAAAGUCCAGAGAAGAGCGAAGACGCGGAUAAGGCGCGACUCAUCAAGUGCCUCACCGCUUUCGGCAAAGGCGUCAACGUGCAAAAGGCGACCUCGAAAGGAACCCUUGUCGUUCGCCGGCUCUCUUUGGCAGGCGCUUCGCUUCAGCUUCUCUCGCUCAAGAGCAACAAAGGCCAAGUGGUUGGUGUUUUCGACGACGUUCUGGCGGUGGUCCCAGGCCAAGACGAUGACUGCUUCCGCGCGCUCGCGAAGAAACAGCAACUGCCGUCGGCCUCGCUGUGUGCGGUCGUGAAACUCACUGACCACUCGUUCGCGCUUAUUUUCCAGACGCAGGCAGCGCGAGACAACUUUGUAUUUAUGAUGAAGCAUCUGGACGAAAGUGACGAGAUGCUGCGUUACGUCGACGACGGUUCUCAGUCGGAGCCGACUUCCGGUCGGGCGCCGGGCGGGUCCAGCGCCAAGGCGGAUGCUUCGUCCGCUUCUCUCCAACCGCCGCAAAAAGACGUCCAGAACACGGCGCCCGGGAAAGCGAUGGCCAAAAGUUUGUCGAAAGCGCUCAUGAAAAUUGUUCCCGGACUCAGCAGACAGGACACCAAAUAG